UCUUCCUCCUCCUUGUGUUGAAAGCCUCCUGGGGUCUGUUACGAACAAAGCCUGUGAUGUUGUGAUUUCUGAGAGCAGUAGGGAAUUCUGGGAGAGAACUAUGCAGAAGGUUCCGAGUGAAGACAUGGCCAGCUCAGACAUACAGCGCCAGUGCUUCAGGCAGUUUUCCUACCAAGAGGGCAAGGGGCCUCGAGAGGUUUGCAGCCGACUCCACCAUCUCUGCCAAAAGUGGCUGAAGCCAAAGGAACAAACCAAAAUUCAGAUCCUGGACCUGGUGAUCUUGGAGCAGUUCCUGAGCAUCCUGCCAUCGGAGAUGGAAAAGUGGGUCAGGAAAUGUGGGGCAGUGACCAGUUCCCAGGCGGUGGCCCUGGCGGAAGGUUUCCUUCUGAGUCAGGCGGAGGACAGGAAAGAGGAUGAACAGGCCAAAAGUCCAUCUAUGGAAGUUGAUUCUGUUUGCCCUGCAUCAGAGGAAUCUUUAUCAGACACAAACGAGAGUCUCCAGGGUAGGGAGCUGAAGAAGGAGCAAGGCAGAGCUGCGGCCUUGCAGAGGGCUGCAAUGAUGCCAUCAACAACUACUCAGAUGCCUAUUCCUCUUUAUGAAGGAGUGGAACCAGUUGAGGACCAGAUCACCUUUGAGAAUGUGGUUGUGCAUUUCUCCCAGGAGGAGUGGGCUCUUCUGGAUCCUGAUCAGAGAGCUUUGCAUGCACAUGUCAUGGAGGAGACCCAAGGGAUCAUAGCCUCUCUUGAUAUCUGGAGUAACAGAAACAUAUGCGCCAAGUGUGGGAAGUGUUUUGGACACAAAUGGGAGCUUGCUAAACAUCAGAAGGUUCACACAGAAGAAAGUUCUACUAGAGAGAAAGCAUUCAAAUGCAACAAAUGUGGAAAAUGUUUUUCUAGAAAUAUGGCACUUGUGCUUCAUAAGAGACUCUGUGAUGGGAAAAAACACAUUAGAUGUAAAGGGAAAGGAUUUGAUUACAAAUCUCCUAAUUUGAGCCAUCAAGCAUUCCGUAAAAGAAAGAAGACACACAAAUGCCAAGAAUGUGGGAAAUACUUUGCUGACAGAUCAGUAUUAGUGGUUCAUCAGAGAGUCCACACAGGCGAGAAACCAUACAAAUGCCAGGAGUGUGGGAAAUGUUUUGCUCAGAAAUCACACUUUGUGAGACACCAGAAACUCCACACAGGAGAGAAACCGUACAGAUGUCAGGAGUGUGGGAAAUGUUUUGCUCAGAAUGCACAACUUAUCAGCCACCAGAGAGUUCAUGCAGGAGAGACACCAUACAGAUGCCAGGAGUGUGGGAAAUGUUUUGCCUGGAGCUCACACCUAGUGAAGCACAAGAGACUCCAUGCAGGAGAUACACCAUACAAAUGCCAGGAGUGCGGGAAAUGUUUUUCUGUAAAUUCUAGCCUUGUGAGCCACCAGAGAGUUCACACAGGAGAGAAACCGUACAAAUGCCAGGAGUGUGGGAAGUGUUUUGCUUGGCGUUCAUACCUCCUACAGCACAAGAGACUCCACACAGGAGAGAAACCAUACAAAUGCCAGAAGUGUGGAAAAUGUUUUGCAUGGAGUUCACACUUUCUGAGACACCAGAGAAUCCACACAGGACAGAAACCAUACAAAUGCCAGGAGUGCGAGAAAUGUUUUUCUCAAAAUGCACAACUUGUCAGCCACCAGAGAGUCCAUGUAGGAGAGACACCAUACAAAUGUCAGGAAUGUGGAAAAUAUUUUGCCUGCAGUUCAUACCUUGUGAAGCACAAGAGACUCCACUCAGGAGAAACACCUUAUAAAUGCCAGGAGUGUGGAAAAUGUUUUGUCUGCAGUUCAUACCUUGUGAAGCACAAAAGACUCCACACAGGAGAGAAACCAUAUAAAUGCCAGGAGUGUGGGGAAUGUUUUGUCCACCGUAAACAACUAAUAAGGCACGAAGGAUUCCAUAUGGGAGAUAAAGCGUAUGAAUGCCACGAAUGUGGGAGAUGUUAUGCUUGCAAGUCAGAGCUUGUAAUCCACCAGAGAAUGCACACAGGAGAGAAACCAUACAAAUGCCAGGAGUGUGGAAAAUGUUUUGCCUGUAGUUCUUCCCUUGUGUACCACAAGAGACUUCAUACAGGAGAGAAACCAUACAAAUGUCAGGAGUGUGGGAAAUACUUUGCUCACCGUCAACAAUUAGUAAGGCACCAGAGAGCCCACACAGGAGAGAAACCAUACCAUUGCCAGGAGUGUGGAAAAUGCUUUGCUCAAAAUUCAUAUCUUGUGAAGCACAUGAGACUGCACACAGGAGAAAAACCAUACAACUGCAAAGAGUGUGGGAAAUGUUUUAUUCACAGUUCCUCCCUUGUGUACCACAGGAUACUUCACACAGGAGACAAACCACAUAAAUGUCAGGAGUGUGGGAAAUGUUUUGCUCUGAAUUCAAGUCUUCUCAGACACCAGAAACUCCACAUAGGAAAGAAACCACACAAAUGUCAGGAGUGUGGAAAACACUUUGCUGGCAGAACAGAAUUACUGGUUCAUCAGAGAGUUCACACAGGAGAGAAACCAUACAAGUGUCAGGAAUGUGGGAAAUGUUUUUCAACAAGUUCAAACCUUGUGAUGCACCAGAGAGUCCACACGGGAGAGAAACCAUACAAGUGCCAGGACUGCGGGAAGUGUUUUUCUACAAGUUCAAACCUUAUGAUGCACCACAGACUCCACACAGGAGAGAAGCCAUACAAAUGCCAAGAGUGUGGGAAAUGUUGCACUCGAAAGUCAGAACUUGUAGUCCAUCAGAGAGUGCACACUGGAGAGAAACCAUAUAAGUGCCAGGAGUGUGGAAAAUGCUUUUCGCAAAAGUCAACCCUUGCAACCCACUGGAGAAUCCACACAUCUGAAAAACCAUUCAAAUGCCAGGAGUGUGGGAAAUGUUUUGCUCACAAGUCAUCUCUUUUGGACCACAAAAGAACCCACACAGGAGACAAACCAUACAAAUGCCAGGAGUGUGGGAAAUGUUUUGCUCACAGUUCACAUCUUGUGACUCACCAGAGUGUCCACACAGGAGAGAAACCAUACAAAUGCCAGGAGUGUGGGAAAUGUUUUGCACACAGUUCACACCUUGUCACCCACCAGACAUUCCACACAGGAGAGAAACCAUAUCAGUGCCUGGAGUGUGGGAAAUGUUUUGGUCACAGUUCACAUCUUGUCACCCACCAGAGAGUCCACACAGGAGAGAAACCAUAUAAGUGCCAGGAGUGUGGGAAAUGUUUUGGUCACAGUUCACACCUUGUCACUCACCAAACACUCCACACAGGAGAGAAACCAUACAAAUGUCUUGACUGUGGGAAAUGUUUUUCUACAAAUUCAAGUCUUGUGAGCCACAGGAGAGUCCACACAGGAGAGAAACCAUGUAAGUGUCCAGAGUGUGGGAAAUGUUUUUCUACAAGUUCAAACCUUGUGAUGCACCAAAGACUCCACACAGGAGAGAAACCAUACAAAUGCCAGGAGUGUGGGAAAUGUUGUACUCGAAAAUCAGAACUUGUAAUCCAUCAGAGAGUCCACACAGGAGAGAAACCAUAUAAGUGCGAGCAGUGUGGGAAGUGCUUUUCUCAAAAUUCAACCCUUGCAACCCACUGGAGAGUCCACACAACAGAAAAACCAUACAAAUGCCAGGACUGUGGGAAAUGUUUUGCUCGGAGUUCAUAUCUUGUGAAGCACAAAAGACUCCACUCGGGAGAGAAACCAUAUAAAUGUCAGGAAUGUGACAAAUGUUUUGCUCACAGUUCACACCUUGUGACUCACCUGGCACUCCAUACAGGAGAAAAACCAUACAAAUGUCAGGAGUGUGGGAAAAGUUUUACAGGGAAUACACAACUUGUGAUCCACCAGAGAGUCCACACAGGAGAGAAACCAUACAAAUGCCAAGAGUGUGGGAAAUGUUUUUCUACAAGUUCAAACCUUGUGAGCCACCGGAGACUUCACACAGGAGAAAAACCAUACAAAUGCCGGGAGUGUGGGAAAUGUUUUGCUUGGAAUAUACAACUUCUGACUCAUCAGAGAGUCCACAUAGGAACAACAGAAGAAAAUGUCCAGAUUAUUUUGGCAGGCAAGAAAACCCAGAAAAAUAUUUAACCACUGUAUGAUGCUAAGACAAGGGGCGGCUUAGGAGUUCCUAAUAUUAAAUUGUAUUAUGAGUCCUGUUGUUUUGUAGCGUUGAAGGAAUAGAUUUUGCUUAGAGAUGAGAGACUCCUGGCACUUGAAGGUCAUGAUUUACUUUUUGUGUGGCUUGGUUAAUUUUGGUACAAUAAUGAUAAGUUGCAUGCUUAAUUUAAAAAAAAAUCAAUUUAUUAGAAAGCUUCUUCUGUGUGUUUGGAUUAAAUAUAAGUAUUUCCUAAUAUUUAGCCACCUUGCCACAGGAAGCCUUUUUAAGGAAAGUUAAAAAUUGGAGAUUGUGGUUUUAUGAUAUUUUGUACUUUGAAUAAGACAGCAGGAAGUUUCGAUCAAGAGAGAUGCUUCUUUAAAAAGGCAAAGAUCUUAAGUGCUUUGCUUAAAUGCAACUUUGUGACAGAUUUAAUCAAGAUAAGAUAAAUGCUGCAAUAGAGGCUGGAGUAAAUGAACUAUAUUUACAGUUGUGUAAAGACAAUGAACAUGUAAUAUAAAAAGUGAUUUUUGAUACUAGUGACAAAAUACCAACCUGUAAAAGAGUAUAGAAUAAGGUGGGUCAAAAAUUUGGGGCAUAAAUAUUUAAAUGGAUGUUUGGGGGGAAAUGUGAUCCAAAGAUAUAAAAUUUACUUUGUGCAGUAAUUUAGAAGAAAGCCUGUAUAAGAUGAUGCAUACAUGUUACCUAGCCUCAAAUAAUGUUGAAAAUGUUCAAGAAUGUUUCAAACCAGUGUUGGGGAUAUCAAGAUAAAAGGGGUUUCUUUUUUCCUAUGUGGUGGACUAGGAAGAAGGCAAAAAGUUAUUGGUUGAAGAUUCAUAUGUUAAUUUAAAACAUUUCAAAGGUAGAUUUUGUAAAGUUACCAGAAAUGUUUCUGGUGGGCAUUAUAGAUAAAGAACUGCUUAGUAAAUAUGGAUUACUUCUUCAUCACAUGAUUACAGCAGCAAGAACAUUGUUUGCUCAAUCUUGGAAACAGACUGAAGUACCGACAACAGAAGAAUGGACUAAGGUUCCUGAGUUAGCUCAAAUUGCUAAAUUAUCAUGGAUUCUAAAGGAUAAGCUAACUGAAGAUUUUUUUAAAAAGAUCAGAAACUGUUGGUGGACUUUCUCAGCAAUAUGAAAUCUAAUGAUAUAAUAAUCUGUUGUUAUGGUUAUUAGUAAUUGUAGUAGGAUUACAGUAUUUAGUUGGAUCCAAAAUAGUAAACUAAUAGAUUCCUUUUUUAUUAUUUUUAUAGCUAGAAUGCGGGGUCAGAAACCUACUGUUUUUAUAUGUCUGUCUCUCUCCCUUUUAUCUUUUUUCCUCUUCUCUUUGUCCUCUCUCCUUUUCUGAAUAUGUUCUCUUAAUGUGCAUUAUCCUGAUAUUUAUUGUAACUUAGAUUGUCAGUGUUAACAUCAAUAAAUAAACUACGGCAAGGGAAACAGCCCACACACAGAAGGGAAACUAUAAAAAUGCCAGGAUUGUGGUAAAUGAUUUGCUCAGAAUGCACACCCUGUUAGUUACCAGGGACUCUGCACAAGAGUAAUACAAAGGAAUACACCCAUAGAGAACUUCCUAGCAAUGAGCUGUUGGACAGGGGGAUAUGCUGCCUGAGAAUGUGGUCUGUCACAGGGAAUGCUUUUAUUGUAGAAUCAUAGAAUCAUAGAGUUGGAAGAGACCACAAGGGCCAUCCAGUACAAACCCCUGCCAUGCAAGAACUCACAAUAAGGCAUCCCUGACAGAUGG